CUUGAAACAGGACCAGGGGCAGGUCGACAGCAAGGAAAGCAGAAUCAUUGAAAAAUGAAAAGUACAACGUCCGCAUCGUAACGCAAAGGUUCUCUGGCCUACUACUACUGCAGCUGCGGCUGGGAUUUUCUUGAUCCACUUUCACAAUUUGGAGAAAAAGGUCAUUUGACGCGCGCAAACGAAGAGUUGUCAAUAUGAAUAACACUGGCCAACAUUCAAAUGGUCCUGGAUCUGCUUGACUGAGUAUAUGGAAAACGUCACCCAUUGGCAGACAGACACUUUGCUUUGACCCUGGCCCUUCCUGUCUCACCUGUCCAUGGCAAAAUGGAUGCGGCCGUGACUGACAGCGGCACGUCUCCACCCAGCCCUGAUUUUAGUCUGGACUCGUCCAGUCCGUUUGCAAAUGGCCUGCACUUCGAGUCACUUCUGUUUGAAGACGAGGACGAGGAUGAAGCUCCGGAUCCAGAGACGGUGUCUCGGCUGGAAAGAGCCUCGACAAGAGAACAAAAUUUAAACACAAAAUUAGAUGUCAAGGCUAGAAGCAAAAUCUCAAAGGCUCGCUCCUCCUUGGGGAAAGAAGUCGUCUUUGAAGACAAGUCCACAAGUGAUUGCGGGAUUUCGUCUCUUGUGAGCACGCCUGCCGGGAUUGUAAUGCAGACCAAAAAAAGCACAAGAAAGGCUCUACCACCAGUGAAAUAUUUGGAGGGUGAAGUUAUAUGGGCUAAAUUCAACCGUAGACCAUGGUGGCCCUGUCAGGUGACCGUUCACCCAGUUGAGGACGUUUACCACAGAAUUAAAGAGCCACCAGACAGGACCAGUCGUCAGUAUUUCCUCAAGACAUUUGGGGAACCCGAAGAACAAGCAUGGGUUCCUGAGCGAUCUACUCAUAUAUUUGUGGGUGGAUAUCAAUUUAACAAUCUCCCUUUUGUGAAAGGAAGUGGACGCCAACAAGACGAAAACGCCAGACACUCUAUACCCAAGCGUUUUCUGAACUCUUGGAGAGCUAGUGUGGUUGAAGCCGAAGCACUUCUUCUCCUGGAGAAACCAAGGGUCACCUCUCCAUGCUCAGACUUCUUCCAAUCAAUCUCUGGAGGAACCACAAAUAACACAGAAAACAAAGUGGAAUUACCCAACAUUAGUCGUCUGAGCAAUGGGAACGCCUCAGCCCAUAAUCAGGGGUCUAAAAACAAAAAGAAACAAAGAAAGUCGUCAACACGUUUGAAACCAUCGGAGGAGUUUCAUUAUGAGAAGGAUAAGAUGAUGGAAGGCUUGGACAGUCCCUACUCUGACAUUGAUUCGGUGCCACAGAUCCGCAGAUGUCCCAAAAGCUCUGAGCGAACAUCAAACAUCAAACAAUCAAACUCGAGUCGGCUUCCCGUCGCAAAUGACAAAGAACCGAAAAAGAAUGUGGAGAACCAGGGUGGCCUUUGGUUCAGUAAAACAGGGAAAGGUCAAGUCAAUGGGGGAAUUAAAUCUGUGAACUGUUCUUUUGGGAAGGUAUCUUGUAAAAUUAAGAUGCCAGAUUCAGCAAGCAUGAAACCCAAGGACAACCAAAUCACCGGACUUGAGCAUCUAUCAACCGAAGCCAGGAAAGCUCUCGGCAGGAGAGUCAAGUGCCUUCCGGCAAGUAGUCGGCUGAUGACGAGAGCGCUGAAGGCGAUGGAGGAGGAAGAGUGGAUAAAGAAACAAGAGCCAACCUCAAAUGUUGAAACGGGGAAUUGUGUGUCGUCCACAGAUCUAGACAACAAUCAGAAGAGUCCAAGCUGUGAUCAGGAAGAAGACUCAUCCGAUCUUCAAAGUUGCAAAAACAAUGAACAUUCAGUCAAAUCUUUGAUAUCUCAAGCACCCGUUGCCUUUCAUACAUCCAAACUCGAACAAGAGAGUCGCAUUUCUGACUUAUCUUCUAGUUCUACUCCAUCUCUGUGCCUAAGUGUGGAAGAAAUGGACAACAUGAAAGAAUUAACCUUCAAAUCACUAGCAGGCCAGCCCCUUUCGUUUCAUCCUGAUGCAAACUAUAAGUUCAGCACAUUCCUUAUGAUGCUCAAGGACAUGCACGAUAGCCGGAAAAACGAUGGAACGGCAUUGGCGAUCGAACCGUUACCCAAAAAUGAACUUAUCAAAGAGGAGCCAUCACUGAUUCCCAAUGUGAAGGAUGAGCUGACCACUGUACGUACAAAAAAAUGUCAAUUGGGGAAAAUCACAUCCAAACAGAAGAGGACGAAGCUGAAAUCUGGGACGAAGCCGAGUAUCCCGGAAAAUCCCUGUAAAAAAAUGAGUUGGAAAAAGAAAACCGACGACUCGUGUGAGAAACUGAUAUCUGAGAAACCAGAGACCUCAGCUCAGUUCUCAGCCAAUGUGCCCAAAAAGCGUUGGCAAAAGUUUGACCAAGCCAAUAACAAGUUGCAUGAGAUUGAAGGAGGUUGUGUUCACGAGACGAAAGGAUUACCCUCGGAAAAUGGCGAAGUUUUGGUGGGUGGCAUAGUUGAGUCUUUUUCUUCAGCUUCCAUCAAUGCAUUACAAAACGCUCAAGCCAACUACCCUACAGAAUGUAAACGCAUUCGAAAACCUAGCAAAAGACUCAUCGAAUGGACAGAGGAAUACGAUCAGUUGUUUUCCACUAAGAAGAAAGCGAAAAAGAAACCGGAGUCGUUUACUAAGGUCGAAAGCCACGUUUGCAGUGGUCCAGUGGAGGAGAUAUGUGGCGGAGGACGUAUCCCGAAUCCUCAGGUAACAGAAGGAGGCGUGUCGAGACCCCUGCCGGAACUACAGACUCCUCCCCCUGAGGACACGUCUCAGAGCGCUCCUUCAGUAAAUGCCACGCCAGGUCAAGAGAGUCCAGUGUUGUCUGUUGACACGCUAACUCCACCUCCAGAAACAAUCCCAUCACCCCCUGCUGAACUUUGCCACGAGGAGCCGAUUCAAAGACAAAAUGCUUUGGCCAUUGGUGAUGGUGUGUGUCUAAGCACAAAGAGACAACGGAAACCCACCCAAAAGAUUCUAGAAAGCUCCAUUGAAGCCGAACCAGUUUUCAUUUCUAAAAGAAAGGCGAAGUCACAGAAGAUGUGCUCAUCUGGACAAGCUACAAAAUCAGGAAUGGGACAACAAUCAUCCAAAAGUAAGAACAAGCUGUCUUCUGAGUCCAUCGACAAACCAACUGACCCAAUCCUAAAAAGCACAGAGAUGGAGAUAAAAGUUGCUCCUGCGAUGCCUCAUCCAGCUGACCCAGAAUCAGCAGAGGACGACUCGGAUGCUCUCAGAUGCUCAAGUUCAGAGAUGUUUGAAUCUAGUUAUGGCUUGUGUUCGGAAAGAGAAGAAAAUCCACAAUCUGAUGAAGGAGUCUCGGAUAAUAAAGGACUCUCAGAGGAGAACGGUGGCAGCAUCUUACUCAGUGAAAACCUGUGUCAGGCGUGUGAGAAGCAGGGCGAUCUCCUUCUGUGCGAAGGGCAAUGCUGUGGGUCAUUCCACCCACAAUGCACUGGUCUGAACGCGCCUCCCACAGGAACAUUUCUAUGUCAGGAGUGCACGUCUGGUAUCCACUCAUGCUUCAGUUGUAAGAUCCCGGGUGAGGACGUCAGGCGCUGUAUGCUUCCUGGAUGUGGGAAGUUCUACCAUGGGGAGUGCGCCGCCAGCCAUGCACCCACUGUACCUCUGAACCGGGCCUUUCGCUGCCCUCUCCACGUCUGCCUGGCGUGUUUCAUCACAAACCCUACCAAUCCGUCCAUAUCUAAAGGCCAGCUAACCCGCUGUAUCAGAUGCCCUGUGGCAUAUCACGCCAACGAUAACUGCGUUCCUGCCGGCAGUGCCACGCUCACCCACAGCAACAUCGUGUGUCCCAACCACUUCACCCCCAGAAAAGGCUGCCGCAACCACGAGCACGUCAACGUCAGCUGGUGCUUCGUCUGCUCAGAAGGAGGUAGUCUGCUGUGUUGCGAGUCCUGUCCUGCGGCCUUUCACCGAGAGUGUCUGAACAUCGACAUGCCCGAAGGCAGCUGGUACUGCAACGACUGUCGCGCUGGAAAGAAACCGCACUAUAAGGAGGUAGUGUGGGUCAAAGUGGGCCGCUACAGAUGGUGGCCGGCAGAGGUUAGCAAUCCCCAAAACAUUCCCGAGAAUAUCCUGCGCAUGAGACAUGACGUCGGAGAGUUCCCAGUGCUUUUCUUCGGCUCUAAUGACUACCUGUGGACUUACCAAGCCCGUGUGUUCCCGUACAUGGAGGGCGAUGCCAACAGUAAAGAGAAAAUGGGAAAGGGAGUCGACUCCACCUAUAAGAAAGCUUUGGAAGAAGCUGCUCGAAGGUUCAAAGAACUGCAGGCGGAGAAAGAACUACGGCAGCUCCAGGAGGACCGACAAAUUUACAAGAAACCUCCACCAUACAAACAUAUUAAGGUGAACAAACCAAUUGGCAAAGUGCUGAUCAUCUCAGCAGACCUGUCGGAGAUUCCCCGUUGCAACUGCAAAGCGGCAGACGAGAACCCCUGCGGGAUGGACUCGGAGUGCAUCAACCGCAUGCUGCUGUACGAAUGCCACCCGCAGGUCUGCCCCGCGGGCGAGCGCUGCCAGAACCAGGGCUUCAGCAAACGGCAGUACUGCCAGGUGGAGAUCUUCAGGACGCUGUCUCGAGGCUGGGGACUGCGCUGUGUACACGACAUCAAAAAGGGAGGAUUUGUUAACGAAUAUGUUGGCGAGGUGAUUGACGAGGAAGAAUGCCGUGCCCGGAUUAAACACGCUCAGGAGAACAACAUCGGCAACUUCUACAUGCUUACGUUGGACAAAGAUCGGAUCAUCGAUGCCGGGCCCAAGGGAAAUGAAGCCCGUUUUAUGAACCACAGUUGCCAGCCGAACUGCGAGACCCAAAAGUGGACGGUCAACGGAGACACUCGCGUUGGGCUUUUUGCGCUCACAGAUAUCCCUGCUGGCACUGAGUUAACGUUCAACUAUAACCUUGAGUGUCUGGGCAAUGGGAAGACCGUGUGCAAGUGUGGAGCAUCAAACUGCAGUGGAUUCCUGGGAGUGAGGCCAAAGAACAACCCCCCAUCCGAUGAUAAAGGCCGUAAACUGAAGAAGAGGUCCCACAUGAAGCGCAAAUCCCAGCAGGUAAUCAAGGAGCGGGAGGAUGAGUGCUUCAGCUGCGGAGACGGAGGACAGAUUGUGUCCUGCAAGAGGCCCGGCUGUCCCAAGGUUUACCACGCCGACUGCCUCAAUCUCACCAAGAGACCUGCAGGUCGUUGGGAGUGUCCCUGGCAUCAGUGUGACCUGUGUGGACAGGAAGCAGCGUCCUUCUGUGAGAUGUGCCCUAGUUCCUAUUGUGUGGAACAUCGAGACGGCAUGCUUUUCAUAUCCAAACUGGAUGGGCGACUGUCAUGCAGCGAGCACGACCCCUGCGGCCCCGAGCCCCUGGAGCCUGGCGAGAUCCGGGAAUGCCCCGGGGAAGCGGCCACACCGUACCCUAUAAACGCCAUCAGAGAUGCCAAAACCACGACCCGAAACGCCCCCUUCAGCCCGCCACCACUCAACAUCUCUUUAAACUGUGCAUAUUCACCCAUCUCUCCCUAUGGAGAAGAGAACGAGGAAGAGGACGAGAGUUUGACGCACUCAGAAAUGGAUGAUGGCGAGAAGAGCGUAUCUCAAGAUAAUUCGGAGCGGCUGAGGUUAAAGAAGAAAACAGAAGUAUGAAGGUUUAAUCUAUUGACUCUCGAAGCGAACUGACCUCUUGUUUUCUCACACUGACAUUCACUGCUGUGCUUUGAGUCCCAAUCACUACAACAUACUUGAAGAUGGUACUCAAUCUCACCGAGGAAGAUGACAAUGCUUACAAAAAAAGAUGAUUGAACACACAACGCCAACAUCAUGAGAUUUCGGCCAUCGUAUUAUUGCUCUACGAAAGAUGUUGAGCAUCACAAAAGAGAAUGAAGAGACAGUAUUGAGGGAAGGGAAUAUAUAUUUUUCCAUGGAAAUGCCAUUGCCUUCUUCAUCGAGUCAAAUAAUUAUGACUAUAAAUAACACGUACUGUUACCAAAACUCAUUUGUUCUGUAUAUCUGCUCUGUGAGCAAAUAGUACAGAACAUAAGCUUAGGUUGAAUUUUACUUUUGAAAAAGUAAAGCCCAAAGUAUAUUUCGGUUUUUACGUGAAUGGUAUAUGCAUACAAGUUCGUCUUUUUCGGUUACUUUUGUAACCGCGUGUAUUUUAUUUACGCUAGUAAUCUGGUACACAAGGUGGCAACUCUGUUUAAAAAAAACAACAAACAAACUUCUGAAACUCACAUUAGCGAUAGAAAUGCACAUUGAUGAGCAAUGGUGUACAGAGGUUACGGACUAGGGAAAAAUACGGACAUUAGACAAAGGUGGACAUUUUUAGUAGAGCCCGACCGAUAUAUCGGCGGACCGAUAUUAUCGGCCGAUAUUAGGCAUUU